AUGAAGCCCUCCAGGACAUCACAGCACUACAGAAGCAUCCGGAGGAAUGCCAGCCAGCACUACUUGUUCCAGGAGUCCCUGUGGCUCAGUAACCUGGAUGACAGCUUCAAUGCCGAUGAAGCAGGGGACAGCAGUGACCCAGAGCAAAUCUUCCAGAAUAUUCAGUUCCAAAAGGAUCUCAUGGCCAACAUUCGCUGCAGACCUUGGAGCAUGGGGCAGAAACUAAGAGCACUGAGACGAGCGAAAGAGAUUGUGCUGAAGUUUGAAGGGAGGCUGACCAGGACCCGUGGCUAUCAGGCCGCAGGCGCAGAGCUCUGGCGGAAGUUUGCUCGUCUUGCCUGUAACUUUGUGGUCAUCUUCAUUCCCUGGGAAAUGAGGAUAAAGAAAAUUGAGAGUCAUUUUGGAUCAGGUGUGGCUUCCUAUUUCAUAUUCUUGAGAUGGUUAUUUGGAAUUAAUGUCGUGCUCACAAUUAUGACUGGCGCUUUUAUCGUCAUCCCUGAGCUGAUCGCAGGCCAACCUUUUGGAAGCACGGCCAGUAAGACCAUCCCCAAGGAGCAGUCAGCAUCCGCUCAGGACCUGGACACCAUCUGGUCCCUGGGGGGCCACCUGCAGUACUCAGUCCUCUUCUAUGGCUACUACGGCAGAGAGAGGAGGAUUGGGAGGGCUGGCUACCGGCUGCCCUUGGCCUAUUUCCUGGUGGGGAUGGCAGUGUUUGCCUACAGCUUCAUUAUUCUCUUAAAAAAGAUGGCCAAGAACUCCCGCACCAGCCUCUCCAGCACCUCGGAUGAGAACUACACCUUCUGCUGGCGGGUGUUCUGUGCCUGGGAUUACCUCAUCGGAAACGCAGAGGCCGCCGAGAGCAAGACGGCCGCCAUCCUGAACAGCAUCCGGGAGGCUAUUCUGGAAGAGCAGGAAAAGAAGAAAAGCAAAAACCUGGCAGUGACCAUUGCUCUGAGGAUUGUGGCCAACAUCCUAGUGCUCCUGUCCCUCGCUGGGAGCAUCUACCUCAUCUACUUCGUGGUGGACCGGUCCCAGAGGCUGGAGAGGUCAAAGAAGGAGCUGACGCUUUGGGAAAAGAAUGAGGUGAGUGUGGUGGUCUCUCUCGUCACCAUGCUGGCACCAUCUGCCUUUGACCUCAUUGCUGCCCUGGAGAUGUACCACCCACGGACCACGCUGCGCUUCCAGCUGGCAAGGGUCCUCGUGCUGUACCUGGGGAAUCUCUACAGCCUGAUCAUCGCUCUCCUGGACAAGGUGAACAGCAUGAGCAUUGUGGAAGCUUCUGCAAGGAACAGCACAAGUCACUGGGUAGAUCCCACCGCCUUCUUUGGGACCAGGAUGACCUCUCAGGAAGGAAAAUGGUCCACACCAACGGCUAAGCCAGGAUCAGGGCUGGAGAGAAACAGCACGUGGGAACUAGAAGAGACACGUGUACCAACUUACACCACCCCCCUCCCCAGGACCAACAGCACUGCACUGCCCCCCCAGAGCCCCCAGGACCAGUGCUGGGAGACCUACGUUGGCCAGGAGAUGCUGAAGCUGUCCAUCAUUGACAUGCUCUUCACCGUGGCGAGUAUCUUGCUCAUCGACUUCUUCCGGGGGCUUUUCGUUCGCUACUUAAGUGACUACUGGUGCUGGGACCUGGAGAGCAAGUUUCCUGAAUACGGGGAGUUCAAAAUAGCUGAGAACGUCCUGCACCUAGUGUACAACCAAGGGAUGAUUUGGAUGGGAGCCUUCUUCUCCCCGUGUCUCCCGGCGUUCAAUGUGCUCAAGCUCAUUGGCCUCAUGUAUCUGCGGAGCUGGGCUGUGCUGACCUGCAACGUGCCCCACCAGCAAGUGUUCCGGGCCUCCAGGUCCAACAACUUCUACCUGGCUAUGCUCCUCUUUAUGCUCUUCCUGUGCAUGCUGCCCACUGUCUUCGCCAUUGCCCGCUACAAGCCGUCUCUGAACUGCGGGCCGUUCAGUGGACAGGAGAAGAUUUAUGAUAUCCUGUCAGAGACGAUCGAGAACGACUUCCCAGUGUGGUUCCGCUCUGUGGUGGGCCACGUCACCAGCCCCGUGGUCAUCCUGCCAGCUGUACUGCUUCUCUUCAUGCUCAUCUACUACCUGCAGAGCAUUGCACGGUCGCUCAGGCUCAGCAACCAGCAGCUCCGGAUGCAGAUACAAAAUGCAAGAUCUGAAGAUAAGAAAAAGGCUGCCCAAAUGAUAGAGGCACGAAUCCAGACGCAGGAAGAAAGCAGCAAGAGGCUUCCGAGGGAUGGAGGCCUCAGCCAGCUGCCCUCAGCCCACAACAAUGGGAAUUUGGCCCGUUUGGAUUCCCUGAACAGUAAAAGCAGCAAAGUAGAGACAAUCACCCAACCUGUAGCCCAGAGUCCUAGGCUGGGGCAUGGUCCCUGCUCACCUCUUCCUGUUGGUUCCAAAUUGAGGCAAGAGCACCCUACUAACAGGUGCCGACGCGGGCUGUGUGCAAGCACGGGUGACCUGCACCAGAACAGACCCUGCGUGCCCGUGACGCUUACACGGCACACAGAGGAGCCUGCCCGUGCUCCUGGCUGGGGGCCUGGGGUCUCGAGCUCUAAAGCACAUGGUCAUAGACCCCAGGCCCCCAAAUACCUCAUCAUCAAUGAACACAACUCUCACAAGAAAGCCCAUCCAACUUUCUGGCCAGAGAGGCAUUUCAAGAUAGAUGUUCCCGGUGACAUGGAGAGGCACCCUAAGAGCAUGUGCCAGUAUGUGCCCCAGGCUCCCCACCAGCCUCCUUCUCCACCGCUCAGCGAGGAAGAGGAGGAGGCCAUGCUGAGGAGAGGUUUGGUCCCGUGGCCAUUCCCCACCCGCUCUCUGACAGACCUUCCUCGGGCGUCUCCCUUUUAUAUUGGCAGAAGGUCAGAAAGUGACACUUUCAAUCCCGAGUACUGGAGAAAUGCUUACCACAGGUCUGGCCAUGAUGCUUUCGAGGGCCAACCUGAGCAGCCCACGUUUGUGCACCGAAAGCCACGCUCCCGGAACUGCCAGUACACACAGCAUCCUCUGAAGGCCAGGGUCAAAGCCAGGCUUGAGCCAGCCUGCACAGAGUCUGACUCCAUGUCUGCAGCAUCCAGCAGCGACCAGCAGAACAGCAGCGCUGACCAGUACCUUCGAGUUAUUCACAACCAGGGAAAACUCCGUAGGUCUGCUGGCCAGCUGGGCAGAAGGAAGGCCACGUCUGGGAAGGUGGUGGUGGUGGGUUUGAAUGACCUGAUUUGCUCAAAUGUCUAG